UUUUAAACAGGAAGAAUGAUUGAAAGCCUCAGGACAGCCGGGCUGAGGCUGUGGAACAAGCGGAUGUGCGGCCGGAAGUCACUCCGCUGCUUUGGGCUGAUUGGCUGAGGCGGAGGCAGCGGCGCGGCUGGUUGGUGGGUUGCGCUGUCACUCGGGGCUGUGGCGUGUGUUCCGAACAGCAGGUUAAUGAAUGCUUUGUAUCCGGGCUGUGGUCACUUUGCGUUUGUCCCAGCAAUGUACACGUCAAGGAUGUGAUGACUCAAGACCCAAUUAUAAAGAAGAGGGUAGUAGGUCAUGGAAAAGCCAUAGGAUGUGUCAUCAGAUUUUGAGGAAGAGGGGAAUGAUGGGAUGGAUUCGAAGAGCACAGAAUAUGAAACUCUGGGACCAGAUACUGAAAUAGCUUCCAAUUUUCAAACAGAUGUAAUGGAAGCUGCAAGUCCACCAGUUAUACAAUCCAAAGUUAGCAAUGAGGAGGCCACCACUUCUGGUGUGAAUGUUGAGUGCCGAAUAUGUGGUGAUAAGGCUUCAGGCUUCCAUUAUGGAGUACAUGCCUGUGAAGGUUGUAAGGGUUUCUUCCGAAGAACGAUUCGCAUGAAGCUGGAAUAUGAGAAAUGUGAUCGCAACUGUAAGAUUCAGAAAAAGAACAGGAAUAAGUGCCAGUAUUGUCGCUUCCAGAAGUGCCUGGCAUUAGGGAUGUCACACAAUGCCAUUCGUUUUGGCCGAAUGCCUGAAGCAGAGAAGAAAAAGCUAGUUGCGGGACUUCUAGCUGGUGAAGCAGCAGUUCAAAAUCCACAGAUAGCUGACUUAAAGUCACUGGCAAAGCAUGUUUAUAAUGCAUAUCUAAAGAACUUCAAUAUGACUAAGAAAAAAGCACGAGAUAUCCUAAGUGGAAAGGCUACCAAAGACCCUCCUUUUGUUAUUCAUGAUAUGGAAACUCUUUGGCAGGCUGAAAAAAAUUUAGUUUGGAAGCAAUCAGUAAAUGGAAUUCCGAACAAAGAAAUUGCAGUUCACGUCUUCCACCGUUGCCAGUGUACAACUGUUGAAACAGUAAGAGAACUGACUGAAUUUGCCAAGUGCAUCCCUGAAUUUUUAAACCUUUACCUAAAUGACCAGGUGACAUUACUAAAAUAUGGUGUUCAUGAAGCCAUUUUUGCCAUGUUGGCAUCGAUUAUGAAUAAAGAUGGUCUUCUUGUGGCUAAUGGAAAUGGAUUUGUUACUCGGGAAUUCCUGAGGAGCCUGCGCAAGCCAUUUAGUGAAAUUAUGGAACCCAAAUUUGAGUUCGCAGUGAAGUUCAAUGCCUUGGAACUGGAUGAUAGUGACUUGGCUCUGUUUGUAGCCACCAUUAUAUUAUGUGGAGACCGUCCUGGGUUAAUGAGUGUGAAGCAGAUUGAAGAAAUGCAGGACAGCAUUCUCCAAGCAUUGAGCCUACACUUGCAAGCCAACCAUCCAGACUCUCAAUACCUCUUUCCAAAGCUCCUCCAGAAAAUGGCUGACCUGCGCCAGCUGGUCACUGAGCACGCACAGCUUGUUCAGAAGAUUAAGAAAACUGAAGCAGACACUUCAUUGCAUCCGCUGCUACAAGAGAUAUACAAGGACAUGUAUUGACAAACAUUGCACAUUCUAUAUUCAGCUUAAUAUAGUGCUCCCAGACACCCCAUUCCCACAACUAACCUUCAUGACGCCAAUUGAUUCUUAUCAAAGGUCUUCUUGAGAUACAUAAUAGAUCUGUAACUAGGUACUCCUCAUUUGUUCUUCAGUUGGAUGGUUGCAGCUGAUUCAUUUGAAAUCAGCUGAACAGACUUUGUGAUUACAGCUGAAGAAUUAUGAAAAUCUGUAUAUUUACAACACUACUGACAUACUGCAAUAAAUAUGAUGUGUUGUAAUUUGAACUUGGUUACAGUAUUAAUACCUCUGCUUAGUAGACACAACUAUUGUCAAAAGCAAAUUUUAUAGAACUAUCCAAUGGUACUGUGCUUGCUGAGCCUAACAGCAUAAUCUGUUUGGUCAGUCUUAAUUUUUAUAUAAUUAGAGGGUAUGGAAAUUAUUAUAAAAUUGCUACAAUAAGUGUAGCUUAUAUUGUAUAACAGUCUAUUGUAGAGAAUGACUUGCUCCAAGAAGUGCUUGGGUAAGAAUGUGCAUACAUUUAUAGAGCUAGACAUAGACUUGUAGCAUUUGUUGGGAGGGGGAGGGGAGAGACAAAAAAUUUCAAGAAGACUUUGUGUGCAGCACUUUGAAUUUUCUCAGAAAUGUGAUGAGGUGCUUAGAUAAAUGUAAUUCAUUCUUUAGUGAGGAAGAAUUUCAUUUAAAUUGACAAGUCACUUUAUUCAAAUUUCUGUAUGACAGCCAUACACACUGACCAAAUUCAAUUGAGGGCAAGUUUGUAAAUUCUUUGAUUGGGGAAAAACUGACCCCUUAUUGAACUUGGCUCCCAGUCUGUAUUUACAUACAUUCUAUCUAAUAUGCUUAUAAUUUUUUUUUAAUGAGCAUUCCUUCCUCACUGUGGUUAAAGUGCAAGAUAUUUACAUAUUUUAAUAAAGCUCCCUAUUUAUAUAAUGAAGACUCUUCUAGGGAAAUAAUAUAGCCGUAAGCUUUUUAAGUGGAAAAAUAGCUUACAUGAAAACAAUGAAUUUAUAAAUUAGUUAUGAAAUAUUUGGUUAAAAUUGUUCUACAUUAAUUGACAAAUUUAUAUUUGGCCUUUUCAUUAAAAUUACUAGUUUGGAAAAUUGACAUGUUCUGUUAGUGCUGUUUAGUGUUCUGUUGUGUGGUUCAUUAGCACAAGGAUACAUCAGUAUUCUCUAUUGCAUUGUAUGUUGAAGCAAUCUUUGAAAUCUUGUAAUAUUUUUGGAAUGUGUGGAAUUCUAAUGGACCUGAAAAUACUGCAGUUUGCUCCAUAAAUGAUUUUAAUGAGGACUGCUUCAAUAAGCUAGUAAAGCAAGACUUAAGGCAGAUCUCCCAAUUUCUUGACUGGUUGACAGACUGUCUUAAGCUACAACACUGGAAUCUUAUACAUCAAUUAAAAAAUGAAUUAGUUCACUGAUGGAUAAUACUAAGAAUUUAAACCUAUGAAUAUUUGAAAUGCAAAACAUUUAAGUUCUAGUUGUCCCUCAAAGUUAGUGUGAUUUUUCAGAUCCUAUUGGAUCUGAUUCAUUCCCAACAUUUUCUGAUUUGAUUAAUGUAUCCAGCUUUCAAGCUGAUGUUUGCUGUUGCAUGAUGCCACAGAAAUUGACACCCUUAAACUUGUUCCAAAGUAGAGCCCAUACUAAAUUUAAAUUCAGUGUAAAUUUGACAGUGGGAAUCAUAAAUAGCCUAAAUAUCAGCCAGCGUAAUGUGGUUUAAGCCAUAAAUGGACAUUUUUCCAUAAAGCCACAAUAAAUUCCAGUGUUAAUAUUUACCAUGUUUGUAUUUUGUUCUGUUGUUUAUUUAAUCGCUACAGCUUUAAUAUAAUUUUAUGGCUGGGUCUGCUGACUAGAAUUCAAAAGGAUUUCUGAAGUCUGUGUUAUCUUCCAAGUUGAGGAUGCCCUCUGGAGUUGGCAUGGUUUUGCAGUAUUGUGUGGGUAAGAGCCAAUUAUUUGUUCAAUUCAAUAUGGUGCAGAGCAUAGUGAAGACAGAGAAGUGCUAAUUCAGGAUUUUAACAUUGGGAAGAAGAACAGUGAUUGAGGAGCUUGUAAUAAUGACUCAUGAUUAAAUCAUGCCGUCUGAAUCCAUUUAAGUUUUGUCUCUUUCAAGUGACUAAAAUCUUGCAUUUUUUCUUCUGUUUUUUUUUUAAAUUCCAUUUUGCUCUCAAUUCCACAUCAGUUUGUUUGAUUUCUUCCUUUAGAAUUAUUCUGCCAGAGAUGUUCACUCUGGGUUAUGUUACCAUGACAAAAACACUGAUGCUGGGAUGCAUCCUAAAAGUUGGGAAGGCUUGAAUGUAGAAGAUAUUGAAGCUGAAGGAUUUUCUAUCAUUACUCAGCAGAGGUGUUAGAUCAGAAGUGGAAAAUAUAGCUUGUUAAUCCCAUCAGCCCCAUUAAACUUAGUUGCCAAAUGACUUAACUUGAGAAUCGUAAAUUGUGCACUUCAGAUUGGAUCUGGUGUGUGUGUGUGUGUGUGUAUUGU